AGACAGAAAUAGUUCAGCAGUCAAGAGUCCGGUGUUUCAACUCAGGGUCUGCUCUUUUUUCUCCCUCAUAUUUAAGAGAGAAAGGUUUGAAUUUUUUUUUAUUGAAGAUCGUUAAUUUUUUGCUGUGCACAGGGCUGUGGGCUGUGUGGGUGCGGAUUUUUAAAAAAAUAAAAUGAGCGUUAAGAGCCAGUGGAUUAUCAAGCUCUCUCUUUUCUAAGGUUGGUCUUCUAUCCAACAUCAAUGAGACUCAACUCGAGAGUAGUAACAUUAUUUUACAAGUAAAGAGAAGAGAGGAAGAGGAAAAAGAGUUUCAGUCGACGCCGGAUCGUGAGAGUGAGUGGGCGUAUUUUCUCGUUUGUAAUUUAUCUUCAGUAUUUUAGUGUCACCUGGAUAUAACAAGUCGUUUGUUGACGUCAACAUCAUUUUCAGACUUAUGAUAGCCAGGAAAAAAUAGCUCAGCUCCAGUGUGAUUAGUUAUCAUUUUUCUUGAUAUUUAUAUUUUUUUUUUAAAUAAUAAAUAAUUUAAAAAACAUGAAGCUGGCUUGGAUGAUUUUUGUGCUGAUUUAUGGAGCGUUGGGUUUCAAUCUCGAGUGGAGGAUACCUGUUAUCAAACGAGGAAAGAGUGAAUCUUAUUUUGGAUACUCGGUAGCAGAGCACCAAGAAAUACUUGAGAAUGAUAACAAGUCAAUAAGCUGGAUUUUGGUCGGCGCACCUUUGGAUCAAAAUAGACAACCUGGUACCAAUAGAUCUGGGGCAUUGUGGCAGUGUCCAUUGACCACUAAUUCACGGGAUUGUGUUCAAGUUAUUACUGAUGGUCGACAAGCUGAAGACGGUCUAAUUGAUCCAAAUAUUGAUUCUGAUGAAUUAAUUCCUCCGGGAAACGACGAGAUAAAAGACGGACAGUGGCUCGGGGUGACAGUAAGAAGUCAAGGGGUCGGUGGCAAAGUUAUGGUCUGCGCCCAUCGGCACAUAGUAAAAACAGCGGACUCACAGUGGGGGCAAGGACACUGCUACAUUUUGACCCAGGACCUCCAGUAUGACGAUUUGAAAAAACCGUGCUCGGGAAAACCAACGAAGAAAGCUCAUGAGCAAUUCGGAUACUGCCAAGCUGGAACCAGUGGGAUACUAACACCAGAGGAUCGUGUCGUCAUUGGUACACCUGGUCCACACACCUGGCGUGGUACCAUGUACGUUUUUACAGUAUCAGAUGAAUUUUUAUUGCGUGACAACACUGUCUAUAAUGCGCCAAUGCAAGACGCAUCACCUGUCAGCAAGUACAGUUACCUGGGAAUGUCUGUCACUGUCGGUAAUUUCUUUGGUAAAGGUCUGGCAUACGCUUCCGGUGCUCCGAGAUCAAAUGGAACUGGACAAGUCGUGGUAUUGACCCGUCAAAAUUCACGUCCUGACAUGGAUGUCGCACUAAUUUUGAAUGGCGAGCAAUUCGCUUCGAGUUUCGGUUACGAAAUAGCCGCUGCUGAUGUCAAUGGCGAUGAAAUAACAGAUUUGAUUGUCUCUGCUCCGUUUUACUUCAAUAAAGCUGAAGGUGGUGCUGUUUAUAUUUACACAUCCUUGUGUAGACACAACAAAGAUAAUGAUAAAUGUAAGCCAACAAAGCUAGUAGGUCGUGAAGAAUCACGUUUUGGAUUUGCAUUGGCUAACUUACGUGAUUUAAAUAAAGAUGGUUAUGAAGAUUUAGCUAUAGGUGCACCUUACGAAGGCAAAGGCACUGUUUAUAUUUAUCUGGGAUCCAAAAAUGGAAUCAUAACAACACCGUCACAAGUUAUACAUUCAGAAGAUACUCCCGUACCUCUACGUACCUUCGGUUACUCGUUGAGCGGUGGAAUUGAUAUGGACAAAAAUGGCUACCCUGAUUUAUUAAUUGGUGCUUAUGAUGAUGAUGCCGUUGCUCUGCUGCGUGCAAGAAAAAUAAUCGACAUCACUACUUCAGUGCGUUACGCUCGCAAAGAUGGCACUUAUCAGGACAAAAUAGAGGCCAUUGACCCAAAUAAAUUCGGGUGUUCAUCAGAUCCCACAUCAAAUCACACGUGUUUUGCUUUUGAAGCCUGCUGCAAAACAGAAUCACUGACCCGCAAUGAGGGUAUGCUUAAUCUCAAACUGAAUUAUCACAUCGAAGCUGAAACUUACUCGGGUGUAAAAAAAUUCUCGCGUGUCUGGUUUGGUUUUGGUAAAAAUAAACCCCAUUAUAUUAAUCGUACAGUGACAUUAGACCCGACAAAACUGAUGCACUGUCAGCGUGAGAUCGUUUAUUUGAAAGAGAACACGCGUGACAUACAAUCGCCAAUUAAAUUCCGCUUGAAUUAUACCCUAGUACAAGAAGAGCCGAUAAUGCCAGCCGAGGGUAAUUUAUUGCCAGACAUUAAUAAUUAUCCGAUAUUAAAUCAACAAGAAGCCGCAAGAAUAUUUGAAGCGACGUUUCAAAAAGAUUGCGGUGACAAUGAAAUAUGUGAAAGUGAUCUACAAGUUGACGCGAAAUUAAAUUUAUCUGCGUCAGUUGUCAAGCCAAAUUUCUAUGAAUUGUUGUUGGGUGAAGUGGAAGAGGUUGUUGUUGAUGUCAGUACUGUCAAUAUCGGAGAGUCUGCAUAUGAAGCGCAAUUGUUUAUAAGUCACUCGCCUAGUCUUAAUUACAUUGCAAGUAAAAGUAAUGAGUCGAUUAUCUGCAAUCUCUAUAAUUCGACACUAGUAAUUUGUUCCAUUGGCAAUCCGUUCAGAAAAGACAACGCUGUCAAUGUUCAAGUAAGAUUCGACCCCAAAGGAGUCGAAGACAACGAACCGCAAUUGAAUUUUGUUAUUUUUGCCAACUCAACAUCUAAAGAAGUGCAGGAAAAACAACCGGUUCGAUUGCAAGCGAUCGUACUAAAACGCGCGGAAUUGUCAAUAAAAGGAAGCGCGAAAACUCAGUGGGCUUAUUACGGCGGUCCGGUUGUUGGAGAAUCUGCGAUAAAACAUUUGAAUGAAGUUGGCCCUAAAGUAUCGCACAUGUAUGAAGUCUUCAACGAGGGUCCGUGGAAAGUGAGGACCGUCGAAGUUGUUAUUUCUUGGCCUUAUGAAGUUGCUAAUGACAAAAAACACGGCAAGUGGUUGUUGUAUCUCGAGGAAAUGCCGACAGUGAGUCAUGUUGGCGAUGGGGAAUGCAUUUUACCACCUGGUUAUGUUGUAAAUCCACUGAAAUUACUUGGCAGUGUUAGUUACGAUGAUUUGGAUCCAUUCCCAUCAACGACAAGUCCUCCUGUUAAUUAUUACCGCAAUCGGACAGUUAAUCAUAUCAGAGAUCGACGGGAUAUUGAAAAGGUUGUCAGUACGAGAAUGACAACUGAUCCUGAUGGUCAUUCACGGCAAAUUGUUUCUAUGAAUUGUAAAACAGGGACUGCUAAAUGCUUUGACAUUAAAUGUAUUAUUUAUAACUUACAACGUAAACAAGAAGCGACAAUUACUGUGAAGGCAAGGCUGUGGAAUUCAACGCUCGUCGAGGAUUAUCCGAAGGUUGACCAGGUUAAAAUCGGCUCCAAUGCUAGAAUCGUAAUCCCACCGAACAUUGAAAUCCAGCAGGAAAAUUUAAAAAAUGACCAGGCUACGGCCGAAACGAUAGCGUAUCCAGAUCUAGGUGAUCAGCAAGACAGUGAACCAGUGCCAAUUUGGAUAAUAAUAGUCGCUAUUUGUGCUGGGUUGUUAUUAUUGAUAUUACUGACAUUAAUAUUAUGGAAACUAGGAUUCUUUAAGAGACGUAGGCCUGAUCCUACUCUGUCUGGUAAUUUAGAAAAGCAUAGAGAUGAUAAUCCAGAGCACGAAGCUUUAUUUAAACACUAAUUUAAUUAUUAAAAAAAAAAAAUAAUUGACAUUGAAGAGAAAAUUUCCCGAGUGAGAACUUCCAGAGCAAAAAAAAUUGAUAGCACAAAGAUGCCAUCUCAAUUGCAUUUUAUAUUUAUAUAUAAAUAUAUAUAUACAUACAUAUACAUAUUUAUAUUUAUAAUUCACGGAAUUAUUUAAACAUCAAGUGUUCUUCGGAAGACAGGAUCGUGUUAUUACUUACAUGGCCGUAUGUAUUUACCCGCGAUUACUUUAAUUUUAUUGACUAAUUAAUUAAUUAUUAAUUAAAAUAAUUGAUAAUUAUGCCUUGCAUUUAAGUGAUAUAAAAAAAAAUGAUGUCUAACUGAUGCGAUAUUGACGGGAGAAUUUUAUAGAUAAUUGAUCGCAAAAACACUGGGUGCUGGACGAGUCAGUGUAUAAAUUUAUGUUUCUUUUUUAAAGAGAAAAAAAUAUUUUUAAGUAAAAGAUUUAAUCUAUGGUGCUAAAUGAUUUUUUUUAUUAUUAAUCAAUAGAUUUAAGGUACGAGACCCAGUAUCUCAUCUGAGGACUAAUACUCGUAUAUUUAUAUAUUUAUAUAUUUAUAUUUACUAAAUAUAUCUAUAAAAAUAUAUGAAAGAUGGAGUACUAGUUCACUGAUCGGCUACUAGGUCUUUUACCUCAGUGUUUUUGAUCACUACCGAUAUUAAAAAUAUAUAUGUAUUUUUUCGGAUAAAGACUGAUGACUUCCGGUGUAAAAACAAUUUUUGUUCAUAAUGAAUUUAGAUCUAAACAUCAUGAAAUUCAGAUCAUUACAAAUCUGUAUAAAUUCUAAAAUUAAUUUCUUACGUCUUUUAAUUGAAUCAGGAUAUAAACCUGACUAAAUGUUUACUGUAUAAAUCCUUGUCAUAUUUGUGACAGAAUCUGUUUUAUGAUGAACUUCAGAUCUGAAUUCUCUGCAUAAAAAUUUCUUUACACGGGUUGAACGACUCUGCCCGCUUACAUCGAUACUAAUUACAUACAAAGUAUUUAUAUUUAUAAAAGAAAAGAAAAUGACAGAACAGAAGAAAGAACAAAUUACUAUUACUAUUAAAAGUUAUAUAUCUUCCUCAAUAUCGUUUUUUAAUCAUAAUCAAUAAUCAUGAGUUCAACACUUCAUUUAUUACUUAAGUUACAUGAGUACAAUCAUUGGCACUAUUUAAUACUUUUAUUUUAAUUAAUUUAAGUGAACAAUCUAGUGAGUUUGAUUGUUUAUUUUUAAAAUAUACUUACUAGUAUAUUUUUUAUAAAAAUUUUAAUUAAUUAUUAAAGGCAGCGUUACACAUCCAUUAGGUUUAUUGGAUUUUAAAAAAUUUAUAGAUAUUUAAAUUGUUGUUUUAAUUAUUAGACAAUCAAAUUUUGCUAGAUUACUUUUUUAUUAUACUUUUAAAUAUUUAUAGGCGAACAUUUUUUAUAAAUAAUUUUUUUUUUUUAAUAAAAAAUUAUUAGUAAAUAAGAAAAUUUAUUCGAGAUAUAAAACGAUAAAAUAAUCGUUGUAAAAAUAAUAUUUAAAUUGUUGACAUUUAAAGUCAUGUUGAUAAUUUUAAAAAAAGAGAAAAAUUAUACUGCAUUUUGGUACUUAAAUAUUUAUUAAUUACUCACUACUUCAUUGUCAUUAAACAUUUUUUUAGAUAUUUGAUAUCUUUGUAAAAAACAUUCCCUCGAAAAUUCAUUCAAGCUUAUAAUUAUUCUAAUCUCUAUAAAUAUAAAAACUAUUAAGUAUCAAAAAUGUCUUCCUGCGACUAAAACAUUGAUCUAGACAAUGCAGUAAAUUUAUUGUAAAAAUAGAAAAAAAUAAUUUUAAUAUUAAUUAAAAUUCUAGCAGCGAAUUCAAUUCAAAAUUGAAU